GCAAAACAUAAAAUAAUAAAAGAAUAAAAAAUUAAGCAGCCAUUUGAAAGUCUAUUAAUUACACCUAUAAUGUUUAGUAUUUCUAAGCAUUUAGUUUAAUCCCAUGUGUUUCAGAUUGCAACUGCAGAGGGUAAAGGAUUGCUGCAACAGCCAUGGCUUCUGCUCAUUUCCUCUGCAACAGCCAUCUCUUUCAACCUUCUUGCAAUUCCUUUGCUAAAACUAGUCUUCCUUCAUUUAAGCCAGCUGGGUCUAUUUCUUUUCCUCGAACACAAAGAAUCCCAUUUAUCAAAGCCACCAAGAAACAGCUAGAGAUAGUGUAUGAUCCCGAUGAAAGGUUAAACAAGUUAGGAGAUGAAGUAGACAAGAUUGCUCCUCUUUCAAGGCUCACUUUGUUCUCUCCUUGCAAGAUUAAUGUUUUCCUGCGAAUAACUGAUAAAAGAGAAGAUGGGUAUCAUGAUUUGGCAUCUCUCUUUCAUGUAAUUAGUCUAGGAGAUACAAUUAAGUUCUCUUUAUCUCCUUCAAAAUCAACAGACCGUUUAUCAACUAAUGUGGCUGGCGUUCCCCUUGAUGAAAGGAAUUUGAUUAUUAAAGCCCUUAACCUAUAUAGGAAAAAGACGGGCACUGACAACUUCUUUUGGAUUCAUCUAGAUAAGAAGGUGCCUACUGGGGCAGGGCUUGGUGGUGGAAGCAGUAAUGCUGCGACUGCAUUGUGGGCGGCAAAUCAGUUCAGUGGCGGUCUUGCCACUGAGAAGGACCUUCUAGAAUGGUCAAGUGAGAUUGGUUCAGAUAUCUCCUUCUUUUUUUCCCGUGGAGCAGCCUAUUGUACUGGUCGUGGUGAAAUUGUCCAAGAUAUUCCUUCUCCAGUUCCUCUUGACAUUCCAAUGGUUCUUAUAAAGCCCCAGGAAGCCUGCCCAACUGGUGAAGUUUACAAGCGCUUUCGGUUGGAUCAAACCAGUCAAGUUGAUCCUUUAACACUUCUGGACAAGAUCUCAAAGAGUGGAAUAUCUCAAGAUGUUUGUAUAAAUGACUUGGAACCUCCUGCAUUUGAAGUUCUCCCAUCUCUUAAAAGAUUAAAACAGCGUAUAGUUGCAGCAAGCCGUGGACAAUACAAUGCAGUUUUUAUGUCUGGAAGUGGUAGUACCAUAGUUGGGAUUGGUUCGCCGGAUCCUCCACAGUUUAUUUAUGACGACGAUGACUACAAGGAUGUUUUCGUGUCAGAGGCUAACUUCUUGACUCGUGAAGCAAAUGAGUGGUACAAAGAACCUGCUUCAACUGCUGCUUGUGGCACAGAGUCUGAUUUUUCCCAAUCUACAGAGUGACAUCUCUAAGUUGAACGAAGGACAAUGAAAGGGGGAUCUGAGAUUAGUACUUUUAGAUUCUACAUUACAUUCCUUCCCAAUUCAUCUUUGUUCUUUGUUCCAUCAUCUUCUCUCGAUUACUUCAGCCAAAGAAAAUUAGGCCAAACCCAAGAAUAUGAUGCUUGUACGUUAAUAUAGAAGAGGUAAAGAAGACUUGGAUGAUUUUUUUUUUUCUUUUUCACUGCAAGGAUAUUCACCAACAAUGAACACGGGGGCAUCAUAAGAAGCAACACAACAUCAAAUUCAUCAA